AAACAUACAACUCAAAUGCCACAAAACAACACCAUGCCUCUACAUCUCAAUUCCCCAUCUCCUUUUCCUUCUCCACCGCUCUCUUAUCCAUAUCUUCUUUUCUUUGGCACCAACUUUUCUGGAUGAAAAAAAGCCUCACUAUUUUGGUUGAUGCUGUUGGAGCCGAUUUUGAGGUAUCUUAUCCACACUUUUUCAUUAAUAUUCAUGUAUGCUUGGAAGGGUGUUGUUCGAAUCAUUGCUAGAACAGACACAAAGUUUCUUCGUUAUGCUGUGAUGGGAAAAUUUGCUAUCAUCCACUUGGGUUCAGCUUCUCUAGUUAUUGGCUGCAAGACAGGAGGAGAAUAAGAGGCGAUUAUGGAGGUCAUCGGUGAUCUACCGAGGGAAUUGUUCCUCGAAAUUCUCUUACGGUUGCCGGCCGAAUCUUUGAUGCGAUGCAAGUAUGUUUGCAAAUAUUGGCAUUCCAUCAUUACCAAUCCUAAAUUCAUCCAACUUCACCUCAACUACAACUAUAAUAACAAUGUAUGCGUCCUUCUCAAGCGCUGCCUCGUCACAUGUUUAGGACAGAAAGAGAACUUGUUGUCAUUGGUCUGCGGGAAUGGGUUUUCUUUUGUAAAUUUAGAUGUCGAUCUGUCCUUGUAUAGGAAGGAGCCAUGUUUACAGCUUUUAGGUCAUUGUGAUGGCAUUAUUUGCUUAUCAAACUACAGAGAUUACAUACUUCUUUGUAACCCUGCAACUAGGGAGUCCAUGUUGCUCCCUGAGUCCCGUCUCCCUUGUUAUCACUCGAUCCGAAGCUUGAUAUCUCAAACCACCGGGUUGGGGUUCGGUUAUGAUGCUAAGAGCCAUUGCUUCAAGGUUGUUAGGAUUGUUUCGUAUUGGGAGGAGCUAAGAGGGAGUAACUUACCCCAUUUUUCCAGGGUUGAAGUAUACUCCACGGGAACGGAUUCUUGGAAAGAAAUCAACGUUACCGUCCCUGCACAUGUCCGAUAUUCCCCGUGUUUCGAGACGUACUUUAAUGGAGCAUUCCAUUGGUAUGCCAUGGAUGAUAACGGAAAUGAAGUCAUCCUUUCAUUCAACAUGGGAAACGAGGAGUUCCAAGUAAUACCAAUGCCGAGUUUCAUCUCCAAGCAUGAUCAUUCAAUUUGCAGUAGUCUUUUAGUGUGGAACGAUUGCAUUGCUCUGGUAAUCUACCCAGAAAGAGGGAUCGAAAAAUCGUUCGAGAUAUUUGUGAUGAAGGAAUAUGGAGUGAAGGAAUCUUGGACAAACGUAUUAACGAUCGGACCCCUUACAAGAGUGGAGAGACCUUUGGUAUUUCGGAAAAAUGAUGAGAUUCUCAUGGAGGGAUCCCAUGGACAAAUGAUGUCUUAUAACCUUAGGAACAAAGAAGUCAAGGAUCUUCAGAUUUAUGGGAUUCCAAAGUCAUUUUCAACUCUUGCAUACGUUAAUAGCCUUGUUUCAGUCGAAGGAGGAAAUCAAAUGCUUGAUCAAAGAGAUAAUACAGAUUUUGGUUGGUGAAGGUUUGGAGGACCAAACAAAGAUGGUGUUGCAGGAUAUGGAUCCAUGGAUAAGAGAAAGGAAACAAUGUCAUCAAUGUACAGAAAUGAUCAUAAAUGUACAGUGCAAUGGCAUGCUAAAUUUUGGGUUUAUAAGAAUCUUUGUUCUUUUUUCUUUUAAA